AUGUCUUCGUCCGCACAGGUCCAGGUUGUGGACGGCGUGGCACUCAAUCAAAUAUUCAAUGGGCUUAAGCUGGCCAAAGAAGAAGAACGCACGAGAAGUGCUUUAGAACUACGCAGUUUCCUUGCCUCUAUAGCGAGAGAUCUUACAGGAGAACAGUUCAACAGAUACAACAAUGAAAUCAACAAAACCAUUUUUGACCUACUACAAAGCAAAGACGCUGCUCAAACUUUAGGAGGAAUUGCGGCGCUCAAUGCGUUGAUAGACUUUGAUAGCGGUGUGGGUGAAGAAAACGCUACCAAGACUGCUCGUUUUCUGAACUACCUUAGUUCGUUCAUCCUUUCCAACGAUCUCAAAAUCAUGAAGGAGGCCACAAAAACGUUGGGUAAAUUGGCGACUCCGGGUGGCACGUUGACAGGAGACUUUGUUGAUUUCGAGGCCAAGAGAGCUAUCGAAUGGCUUCAAAGCGACAACCGCCAACACGAAAAUAGACGGCAUGCUGCCAUCUUGAUUCUUACAGCAUUAUCUGAGAAUGCCCCGCUACUACUCCAGGGAUACAUCAACCAGGUUCUCGAACACAUUUGGGUGCCUCUUCGAGACCACAAGCUUAUUAUACGGAAUGACGCGGCUAUUACACUCCAACGAUGCAUUUCAAUCAUUUACUCGAGAGAAGUCGAAGUUAGAAGACGUUGGGUCCAUCUUUUAAUUGACCAGGCGUCAUCUAUCUUGGGCCGCUCCGAUGCAAUGGAAAAAUCGAGUUCACACGAUAGCAAUGGACUUGCAGCGGGUUAUAGCUUGAUUACAACGGCACUGUCACCAUCCAACGAGACGAUUCAUGGAGCCUUGCUUGUGUACAGAGAGCUACUCAGAUAUCACAAUGAUCCAUAUAUCAAGUCUAUGUUUGGGACAAUCUACGAAAAUGUCUCACUUUACAAGGGACACAAAAUAUCGUACAUCAGGCAAGAGCUCACGAAAAUCUACCCCAUUUUAUGCCGUGUUAACCCCGAGUUAUUCGUGGAGAAAUAUUUGCAUCGCACAUUGUAUUACUACCUCACUCAACUAAAAAAGUACAAAAAUAUGCAUAAUGAGGCUAGCAACCGUGACAAAUCUGCAAUUUUGGAAAGCAUUGGUCUACUUGCAUUGGAAGUUGGCAACCAGAUGGCUACAUACUUAGAUGCUAUCUUGGACAAUAUCAGAGAUGGUCUCUCCUAUCCAGCAAACUCUAGUGUCCAGCUGAUAUUGUCAGACGUUGUCACUAAGGGUGAAACUUCUGGAGCAGCGCUCUCAUCCGUUUCCGCAUCAACUUCAGGAUCAGCAAAGUAUCGGGCCUCUAGAAAAGACACUGAACCCGCUAUCUUCGAUUGCAUUGGCAAAUUGUCUAUAGCAGUUGGCCCAGCACUUACAAAACACUUACAACGUGAUAUUUUGGAUAUGAUGUUCAGCAACUGUUCUUUAUCAGGACACAUGGAAAAUGUAUUGCAGACGCUUAUCACAAACAUUCCCUCGCUUAGAGUUACGGUGGAAAAGAAGCUUCUCAACCUCUUGAGUUUGGUGCUCUCUGGAAAGACGUUCCAACCGCCAGGCUCGCCUUACGGCUCCACUAAGAUAAACGAAUCAUUGGCUCGUGACUUCAGGUUGAUAAUGAUAUCCAGAGACACAGGAAUGAGCGUUAGCAAUAUUCUCAACAAUCCUGAGACCUGCCGUGCUCAUGACAGCGAGCUUGUUGUUCAUGCAUUGAAAAUUCUCUCACACUUUGAAUUUCAGGAUUACCAAUUGAACGAGUUCGUCAGGUAUUGCAUCAUCACCUACCUUGAUAGUGAUAGCGCAAAGAUUCGUCAAACAGCCACAUCAACAUCGUGCAAGAUAUUCAAUAAGGAUCCAAUAUGUCAUCAGAUGAGUGUGAAUGCUCUUGACGCUGUGAAUGAGAUCGUCGAAAAGUUAUUGUGUGUGUCCAUCACGGAUCCGGUAGCUGAAAUAAGAAUUGAGGGAUUGACUUGUCUUGACAGGGCAGGAAAUUUCGAUCCCCAAUUAUCUCAAGCAUACAACGUGAAACAACUUUUCGUCGCUCUAAACGAUGAAGUCUUCAGCGUUCGGAAAGUUGCUGUCAAAAUAUUGGGAAGGCUCUCGGCCAUCAACCCUGCUUAUAUCGUUCCCUCCCUCAGGAAAACUUUGAUUCAACUCUUAUCUAGAUUGGACUAUGCCAAUACGAGUCGAAAGAAGGAAGAAGCUGCUACUCUUUUGUCAGUCUUAAUUGUUCAUUCAAAAGAGCUUACAAAACCGUACAUCAAACCAAUUGUUGAAGCUUUACUCCCACGCACAAAAGAUCCCAGCUCAUCUGUUGCUGCAGCUGCUAUUAGCUGCAUUGGCGAGGCUUCUGUGGUGGCCGGAGAAGAUAUCAAACCGUUCCUCUCCGAGCUCAUGCCGCUAAUAUUGGAUACUUUCCAGGAUCAAAGCUCAUCAUACAAACGUGACGCUGCGCUCAAAGCUCUUGGUCAAUUGGCAAGUUCAUCUGGGUAUGUCAUCCAACCUUUGCUAGACUAUCCACAAUUGUUGGGUACUCUUGUCAGCAUUCUCAAAUCGGAGACGUCACCUCGUAUUAGGAGAGAAACGGUUCGUCUUCUCGGUAUAUUAGGUGCGUUAGAUCCCUACAAGCAUAGAGAGGUCGAGCAGACCUCCCAAAAGAUUCCUGUUGAGCAGAACGCCCCACCUGUUGAUAUCGCACUCUUAAUGCAAGGCAUGUCUCCAUCGCACGAUGAAUACUACCCUACUGUGGCCAUCAAUAACCUCAUGAAGAUUUUGAAAGAUCCCUCCUUAAGUUCACAUCACAACAAGGUGAUACAGGCAAUUAUGUACAUCUUUCAGACUUUGGGUUUGCGAUGUGUUUCAUUUCUUCCGCAAAUCAUUCCUGGUGUUAUCAAGGUGAUGCAUACAUGUCAAGCUAGCAUGCUCAAGUUUUAUUUCCAGCAAUUGGGCGCUCUCAUUCUUAUUGUCAAGCAGCAUAUUCGACCAUUCUUGGGUGAUAUUUUCGCCAUAAUCAAGGAGUUCUUCAACAGCAUCACAAAUGUUAAUAUCCGAGUCAUCAUCAUUCAUUUGAUCGAAUCGAUCUCGAAAGCAUUGGAGGGAGAGUUCAAGAUUCAUCUCCCAGACAUCUUACCUCUCAUGUUGAAUUUGAUCGAGGAAGACAAAUCUACGGAGCGAGAGCCCACGAUCCACGUCUUGAGAAGCUUCGUUGUCUUCGGUAGCAAUAUUGAAGAGCACGUUCAUAUUGUUGUUCCAACUAUCGUGAAGAUGUUUGAGGUUGGUCCUACGAAUUUGCGCAAAGCUGCCAUCGAGACAAUUGGCAAAUUGUCAAGGAACAUCACACUUUCAGACAUGGCAUCAAGAAUUGUUCAUCCGCUUUUGCGAGUACUUGGAGAGGGCAAUGAGGAGCUUUCUCAGGCUUGUAUGAACACGCUUUGCUGUUUAAUCCUAAGCUUGGGCAAUGAAUUCAUUGUGUUUUUCCCCGUCAUAGAAAAAGUCUUGAUACUGAGAAAGAUCAACUCGGUGAUGUUUGAGCAACUAGUUGCAAAGAUAUUGAAUGGUGACCCACUACCUACCAACUUCAAUGUGUACAAGGACCACGACUUGCACAUGUCUCACUUUGAUCUUCCAGAUAUCGAUAUGCCCUCCAAAAAGCUUCCUGUAAAUCAGGCUGCAUUGAAAGCAGCUUGGGAGUCAUCUCAGCGAAACAAUACCAAGGAAGAUUGGCAGGAAUGGAUCGGAAGAUUGAGUAAGGAAUUGCUUAAGCAAAAAAUUCAUCAGAUCCUUCUUAAUUUGGCAGAGUUUAUGGAGCACGAUGACAAAUCUUUACCUAUCGCCAUCACAGCUCUCGGCCAGUACGCUCAAAGGUGUCACGCAUACGCCAAGGCGUUGCACUACAAGGAGCUCGAGUUUUAUGAGGAACCAACUACGCCAACUAUCGAGGCCUUGAUCUCGAUCAACAAUCAGCUUCAACAAUCGGAUGCUGCUGUUGGUAUUUUGAAGCACGCACAGAUGCACCAUGAUCUUCAGUUGAAGGAAACUUGGCACGAGAAGUUGCAACGUUGGGAUGACGCUUUACGAGCUUACAAUGAGAGAGAGAAACUUGAACCAGACAACAUGGAGAUUGUUAUGGGUAAGAUGAGAUGUUUGCAUGCAUUGGGAGAAUGGGAUCAGCUCUCCGAAUUGGCGCGUUCGAAGUGGAAUUCUUCCACAGGCGACAUCAAGAGAAACGUGGCACCAUUAGCCGCCGCUGCUGCUUGGGGUUUGGGUCAAUGGGACAGAAUGGAUGCUUAUAUCAAGGUCAUGAAGUACGAAUCACCGGAUAAGGCCUUUUUCAGCGCUAUUUUGAGUCUUCAUCGCAAUAACUUUGAGGAGGCAUCGAAUCAUAUCCUCAACGCCCGUGAUUUAUUGGUUACAGAGAUCACCGCAUUGGUGAGUGAGAGUUACAAUAGAGCAUAUGGCGUUGUUGUUAGAGUCCAGAUGUUGGCCGAACUUGAAGAAAUUAUCAGGUACAAAUGCUUGCCUCAGGGAUCUGAGAAACGUGCUCUCAUUAGAAAAACCUGGAACACUCGUCUCUUGGGCUGUCAAAGAAAUGUUGAUAUCUGGCAGAGAAUGCUCAAAGUCAGAGCGCUUGUCAUCAAGCCGAAGCAAGACAUGGAUAUGUGGAUUAAGUUCGCAAAUCUUUGUCGUAAGUCCGGCCGUUUCAAUCUUGCAGAGCAGUCGUUGAACAAUCUUUUGGAAGGAGGCUCUAGUGAAAAUCCUUCAAGAGCGCCUCCUCAAGUUGUGUACGCCCAAUUGAAGUAUAUGUGGGCGAAGGGUCAGCGAAGAGAAGCAUUGCGUCACUUGGUGGAUUUCACCACUCGUAUGUCCCAGGAUCUUGGUUUAAAUCCAAACGAUUUGAUUACUCAGCCAAUUCCUUCCGAUGGUCCUGGUAUCCCGAAGCACGUCGAGGAGUACACCAGACUCUUGGCAAGAUGUUUCUUGAAGCAAGGUGAAUGGCAGAUCGUUCUCAAUAACAACUGGAGAACUGAAACCUCAGAGAUUAUUUUGGGUGCUUAUCUUUUGGCCACUCACUUCGAUGAUAAGUGGUACAAGGCAUGGCACAAUUGGGCUCUCGCCAAUUUUGAAGUCAUCUCACUCUACACUCAGAACAACAGAGGUAACCUCACGACAAAUGUGAUGGAGCAGAAUGACACGGUUGAGAAACAGGCCCAACAGCUGCAAAUGAUAUCGAUGGAGGUUGUUCAGAGACACGUCAUUCCAUCCAUCAAGGGAUUCUUCCAUUCCAUCUCUUUGUCGAACUCGAGUUCUCUUCAGGACACAUUGAGAUUGCUUACGUUGUGGUUCAAGUUUGGCGGAAUCCCCGAAACUGCCAGAGCGAUGACAGAUGGAUUCAAUAUGGUGAAGAUCGAUAACUGGUUAGAGGUGAUUCCUCAGUUGAUUUCGAGAAUCCAUCAACCAAACCAAAUUGUCAGCAGAUCGCUUUUGGGUCUUCUCACCGACCUUGGUAAGGCUCAUCCACAAGCGUUGGUGUAUCCAUUGGCUGUUGCCGUGACAUCUGACUCCGUUAACAGAAAGAAGGCCGCUUUGUCGAUCAUUGAUAAAAUGAGAAUUCACUCUCCAACUUUGGUUGAACAAUCCGAGUUGGUCAGUCACGAGUUGAUUAGAGUCGCUGUCUUGUGGCUUGAACAGUGGUAUGAAGGUUUGGAGGAUGCCUCGAGGUUGUUCUUCGGCGAGCACAAUACAGAAAAGAUGUUUGAAGUUCUUGAGCCAUUGCAUAAGAUGCUUCAGAAGGGCCCAGAGACGAUGAGAGAAGCGUCUUUCAACAAUGCAUUUGGAAGAGAGUUGGCCGAUGCUUACGAAUGGGUUCUCAACUACCGCCGCACAAAGGAUAUCACGAAUUUGAAUCAGGCUUGGGAUGUUUACUACAACGUCUUCCGUCGUAUAAGCAGACAAUUACCACAAUUGCAGAGUCUUGAAUUGCUGUUUGUUUCGCCUAAGCUUGAGGAAGCUCAGAACCUCGAAUUGGCUUUGCCUGGUACUUACGAGGCUGGAAAACCAAUCGUCCUCAUCGUCAGGUUUGAUCCAACCUUCACCGUGAUCUCAUCCAAACAGAGACCAAGAAAACUUGUUUGCAAGGGAAGUGAUGGUAAGGACUACCAGUACGUCCUAAAGGGCCAUGAAGAUAUUAGACAGGAUAAUUUGGUUAUGCAGUUGUUCGGCUUAGUGAAUACGCUUUUGGUCAACGACACUGAGUGUUUCAAGAGGCAUUUGGACAUUCAGCAAUAUCCUGCUAUUCCUUUGUCCCCUAAGGUCGGUUUGUUAGGCUGGGUGCCCAACAGUGACACUUUCCACGUCCUUAUUAGAGAGUACCGUGAAUCACGCAAGAUUUUGUUGAACAUCGAGCACCGUAUCAUGUUGCAAAUGGCUCCUGACUUUGACAGCUUGACGUUAUUACAGAAAGUGGAGGUUUUCACGGGAGCUCUUGACAAUACUAGAGGUCAAGAUUUGUACAAGGUGUUGUGGCUUAAAUCUAAGUCUUCUGAAGCUUGGCUUGAUAGAAGAACUACAUACACGAGAUCUUUAGCCGUGAUGUCCAUGGUGGGUUACAUCUUGGGAUUAGGUGAUAGACAUCCUUCGAACUUGAUGCUUGACAGAAUCACCGGUAAGGUGAUCCACAUUGACUUUGGUGACUGUUUUGAGGCUGCAAUUUUGCGUGAGAAGUACCCAGAAAAGGUACCAUUCAGACUUACUAGAAUGCUUAACUAUGCUAUGGAGGUAAGUGGUAUCGAGGGUUCAUUUAGGAUUACAUGCGAGCACGUUAUGAGGGUCUUGCGUGACAACAAGGAAUCUCUUAUGGCUAUCUUGGAAGCAUUUGCUUACGAUCCAUUGAUCAAUUGGGGUUUCGACUUCCCAACAAAGGCGCUUGCUGAAGCUACGGGAAUCAAGGUGCAGCAGUAUAACACGGCGGAAAUGUUGAAGAAGGGCGAGAUUGAUGACCAGGAAGCCACUCGUUUGAACAAGCAAAACGCUCUUGAAAUCAGGAAUGCCAGAGCGGCUCUUGUGUUGAAAAGAAUCACCGAUAAGUUGACUGGUAAUGAUAUCAAGAGAUUGAAGGGAUUGGACAUCCCUACCCAGGUCGACAAGUUGAUUCAACAGGCUACAAGCGUCGAGAACUUGUGUCAACAUUACAUUGGUUGGUGUUCGUUCUGGUGA